CUAAUUUUUAUCCUCACAGGUACAGAAAAUCGUUUUUAUUCAAAGUGUGGUGGUUGCAAUGAGGACAUUCGAGACAAAUAUCUUCUUCAAGCAUUGGGCAAACUGUGGCAUGUCUACUGCUUGCGUUGUUGUGACUGUAGGGAAACGCUCGAUGAAGGAACGUGUUUCUUCCGUGAUGGAGACAUUCUCUGCCAAAUAGAUUUUUUCCGGUAAGCAAUAAUUGCCUUAGAGUAUCAUGUAUGUCUGAUUGACAUUAGUACCAUAUAAAAAAUUUUUGUGCAUAUGUGUAGCUCCUUUUUCACAUGCGACCAUUAAUAUUUUCAAUCGUUUUUUCGUUCGCCGCUAUCAUAAUUUAAAAAUCAUAUCAAUUAUGGAUUCCGAAUUAGAACAGCAGUUCUAAUUUUGAUGUGCAAAUUAUCCUCAUUAGCGUAAAAUACAAACUUUUGGGUUACUUCAUCAAUUCAUGAAGUGUUCCUUAUUGUUAAAACAAUCUUUUCACCUGGCAAAGGCAGAUGUAUGCUUUUUUCGUUGUACAAUGUCGUUCCGCGUGCGCGAAGGCUGUCUCACCCUUAUGCAAACACGUUUCAGCACGAAAGUUUAAGUUUACAGGUUUUAACCUAGCUUCUUUUAGGGGAGAAUGUUCAUUUUGUUGCAGUUCAAAAUGAGGAGUUUCAUCGUCAAGAUAAGGGUCAUUUUGGAUUUCUCAAACGUCACUGCCUUUACUUUGAACUAGAAUAAGUAAAUCUUUUUCGUCAACUUUUAAAACUAUCUGACAGAAAGCUAGUCACCACUGAGUGUAUGUCUGGGGGAGGGAGGGGAAGUUGUUGGACAGUGAUUUUUAAAUUUUUCUAUUUGGAGUUUAAGUUACUUUCUGAGCAGUCAUACCCUUUUGAAAAUAUCUCUUUCUAGAGUUUCGAUUUCUCAGUUUUACAGAUGAAAGCAUUUCGAUCAGUUGUUGGCUUCAGUUCAAUUCACCAUAUAAAAUAGACCAUUUAAAACUAAAAAUUACUUCUUCAUGAUAUUGUUUACAGCCGGUACGGGAAAGCUUGUUCGAUUUGCCACGAAGGCAUCUCCCCUCAGCAGAGCGUGCGAAAAGUCAAGGACAAAGUUUACCACAUCACCUGCUUUUCUUGCGUUUCCUGUAAGAGACAGCUUUCAACUGGUGACCUGUUCUACAUGCUAGAAGACGGCAGGGUAAUCUGCAAACAGGACCUUGAUGAAAGCAAAUAUUCAGGUGGGCUAAUGUGGCAUACAAUACUUAUAAAUAUGCUCAAAACUGAACUUAGAAUGAUUUUGAAGUAAUUCCAACCAAUCAAGUGAAAAAAAUGUUUCAGAUAACUACGAAGAAUAACUGACUUGAUUAAAAAGAACUUUUAAACACCUUUAUCAGAUGAGAAAGCAAUUGAAUAAGCUAAAUUUUAAUUUUUUUCUGGUUACUGUUAUGUUUCAAUACACCCAUGUUGCCAUUCAACAUCACAAUCACCCAAAUCACAAUGUUGAAAAGGAACAGGAAAUUCUCUUGUAACACUGUUAUGCGGAAAUUGGUCGUAAAUACGUCCUGAUUUUUCUGAUUUUUGUUUAGUUUUACUAUUUCUUAUUUUUUCUCUUUUAAGUCCAAAAAUAAAUGGGUUAGCGUCCAGGAUAUCAUUUCAAGCUAUUUUGUUCUCAUUGAAUGAAGAAGUGACAUCCUAAAGGUUUUACCGUUUGAUUUUAAAAUCUUACGGAAAUUAGACCUUGUAUUGGUCAAAAGCGAUUUAAAGAAAUAGCAUAAAAUUGCACUUGGGGACCUCCACGAUAGAUUCAAACAAAACAUCUCAUUAUUCUUCAAAUAACUCUAUGAAGUGCUAAGUAGAAUGUAAUGAUGUCUAGAAAGAAAGAUAAGGGGAAAGUAAUUAGGAGCCACCUGAAAGCUUCGAUGUAUUAAUUACUUCACCAGAAUCUUUGUACCUAACGUCACAUUUACUCCCUUUAAAUCAUUUCACGCUUAAAAAAUUUUACGUCUGCACAGGGAUAUUAAAGUUUCAGAUUAGCUAUUUAACUUGAAGAUGUUUCAAUAAAUCCUGACGGAACUUCUGUAAAUAAAUAAUGUCUCAGUGGAUGGCAUGCGAGUCUACAAACUCAGUGAUGCUGUUAAUACUUGAAAUUUAUAGUAUAAAACAAAACUGCGUUUUGUUUGUAUGAAAUGUCAGUAGUCAUUGCCUUAAAUGCAGUUUCAGGAGACUCCAACCAAUCAUCACCCUGUGAAUCGCCAUCCAUCAAGGGCAAGCGAGUACGCACGUUUAUUACAGCUCAACAGCUGAAAGUACUGAAAUCAGUUUACCUGAGUACCCCUCGCCCUGAUUUGGCCGAGCGCCACAGGAUCUCCGAAGUGACUGGGCUUGAUAUGCGAGUUGUGCAAGUAUGGUUCCAAAAUCGUCGUGCGAAAGAGAGGAGACAGAACCACAGAGAUAAGAACCCCUGGAUAAACCAUUUCAAUAAAAUUGCCAAGAGGCGAUCUCUUUCCCUGGAUUUGUCUUCCACAAUCGGUGCUACAUCCUAUCCGGAAGGCCAGGUUUCUGGUAAGAUACACUCUGAUGUAUGAUUUGUAAAUUGGGCCUCUUUGCAUAGGCAAGUAGAAAACGAGGGUUAACCUCUCUGAAAGAGUUUGUCGAACGGUUGAUUGAGGUCAAACGAUAGCUUUUUUGUCGCCUCUGUCUGGUUAAGUAUUCAGAGUCUUUCCCUCGAAUGAAACACAACUUUACUCUCUUGUUUCGGACCAACCAGAAGCGUAAAAAAUUAUCCAAGAUGUAUCAACUCUCACAGGGUUUCGAUGAAAAUAACCCUAGUUACGUUGACACAUUACUUUCGGAUUUUAUGUUUCUUGUUGCAUUCACGAGGGCUGAAGCUUUUAGAUGCUUGUUUCUUAGAAGCAUUAAUUUUAUACUGCAUGGCGAGAAAGGAUGAGCUGAUCAUUUUCCGAACCAACUCCGUCAUCUCCCAACAUGAUCUACAGAAAAUAAGAAUUUUUUUUCAAGACUCCAAAAAUAGUUUUCGAGCUAAAGUGGUUUGUUUGAGGCUGGCGGUGAAAUAUAACAUGCUCAUCAUCAGGUGACGUGUUUGAUGGCCUAAUCUAAAGGGAAUGAUUAUAGUUUACUGUAAGAUUGUUCACGAACAUUCUAUCAAAACGAAAUACAUAUUUCUUGUCAGCGUUUUCUACCUGUAGUGCUGCCCAGCAAACAGAAGCCGUCAACCAGUCAGCCAUAAUGGACCCAAUGUCUUCCUUAGCCAUGCGAAGAGUGGCGAGUGCCCCUGUGUCACCUUCUGUCACUUCUGGUGCAAGAUUCUCUUUCGCUUUCCAUUCACCUAGCUUUCCACCAGUACACGAACUUCUGGAGCUGUGCGAGGAGGAGCUGCGCACCCUGAUGCAUCAACCUCCAGCCUGCACUCAGCUAAGCCCCACUCAUAGCUACUACGCUGACUCGGAGAGUGGACUCUCCAAUAUAAACACGCCAAUUGAUGAACGCUAUUUUGUCUUCCCAGAUACUAGCACACCCAGCAGUAGUGCCUAUCCCUCGUCCUCUCUAGCUUUCUCUUUUGAUCCUGUGGUGACUAAUACCUUGAGUAGUGCAACGCGUCCGUGA